AUGAAGCACUUUGCGCUCCUUGUAUCCGCCCUCUCGUUGGCCGUGGCCAGUCCCUACGGCCAACCACAGCCUCGCGCGGUCUCCUACGAUGGAUACCAGGUCUUCCGUGUCCCCGUCGGCCUCGACGCAUCCAAGGUCACCGAGAUCGUGGAGAAGCUGGAGUUGGACACCUGGAAGGCCCCUAACAAGGCCGGAGCAUUCGCCGACAUCGUUGUUUCUCCUGACAAGCUGCAGGCGUUCAACGAGGAGGUUGCCGGGAUCGAAGGUAUUGUGGUGAUGCACGAGGAUCUGGGCGCCUCCAUCGCGGCUGAGCAAGAGCCCGCGUCCGAAGUGCUGCUGGACAGGGCUGCGGCCGCCAUCAACUCGACCUGGUUCACAGCGUACCACACGUAUGCACAGCACCUGUCGUUCCUGAAUGGCCUCCAGGCCCAGUACCCUGCAAACUCGGAGAUUGUCACAUCGGGCAGUUCUCUGCAGGGGAACACCAUCACGGGCAUCCACAUCUAUGGAAGCUCAGGAAAGGGUGUCAAGCCAGCUAUCGUAUUCCACGGCACUGUCCACGCUCGAGAGUGGAUCACCACCAUGACUGUUGAAUACUUCGCCAAUAUCCUCCUGAGUGACUACGCCACGAACACCGAGACCAAGGCGUUUGUCGACAAGUACGACUUCUACCUGUUCCCGGUUGUCAACCCUGAUGGCUUCAUCUACACGCAGACCGACCGCUUGUGGCGCAAGAACAGGCAGUCGACCUCGGGAAGCACCUGUCUCGGCCACGACAUCAACCGGAACUGGCCCUACCAGUGGAACGACUUCAAGGGCACUGCUGCUGGUGACGCCCCCGAGAACAAGUCUCUGAGGGACAAGAUCGCGGCGAUCAAGUCGGCACAGGGCUUGAAGCUCUUCAUCGACUGGCACUCGUACUCCCAGCUGUUCAUGACACCGUACGGCUACAGCUGCUCCGCCACUGCCACCAAUAACAAUGAGCUGCAGACUCUGGCCGCUGGUGCUUCCAAGGCCAUCGCCUCGCUCUACGGCACCAGGUACACCUAUGGCCCGAUAUGCACGACCAUUUACCCGGCAACGGGAUCCAGCGUGGACUAUGUCCAGGACGUGGUCAAGUCGGACUACACCUUUACUGUGGAGCUGCGUGAUACCGGAAGCAACGGGUUCGUCCUGCCAGCAAGCCAGAUCUUGCCGACUGGCCAAGAGUCGUACGAGGGAGUCAAGUACCUGCUCCGGAACAUGAAGUAA